AAAAAGAUCUGUAAAUCUCUGCAAGCAGCUGGAUUUUGGGCUGAUUUCAUUGAUCCAUCGUCUGGAAGACCUUAUUUGGGACAAUAUACGAACGCAACAUUAAUGGAAACAGAUGAACGAUAUAACGAUCUUGGGUUCAUAGUCAAGGAUUUGGGAUGUUGCAAGGUUUUGGAACAUAUUUCAUGGGGUUCUAAGGUAUUUGUCGGGACGAUUUUCACUGAUGCUGCUAUGCAUACUCAAAUUGUGAAAAAUAUUGUUUCUGAAUUUGACGCCAACUGA